GGACGACGCCGGACCUAUUAUAUCGCGCUAUCUGUGUGAACUGCGGUACGCAUACUGCCUAUCUGUAUAUUACAGGCGUAACCGGCCGAGUUGUGGAGUCGUUCAACAGGUAGCGUUAGCGUUCGCUAUACAGAAUGAUGAACCCAGAACUUCCCGUCUCCGUGGCCAUAUCGCCGGUCACCGGAGCCGGAGUCAGUAACAACAGUGUAGAUCAGGACGAGGAUAUGGCGGCGACGGAGCGUGAGCUGGCGGAGGACGCUCAGUGGAAACGUAUACAACAGAACACGUUCACGAGAUGGGCCAACGAACAUCUCAAGACGGUUAGCAAACACAUAGGUAAUCUGGAGACGGAUCUGUGCGACGGACUCAGGCUCAUCACUCUGAUAGAAGUUCUCUCUGGGAAACUCUUGCCCAAACACAACAAGCGACCGACGUUCCGCUCCCAGAAACUGGAGAACGUCUCUGUGGCUCUCAAGUUCCUGGAGAACGAAGGGAUCAAAAUCGUCAACAUCGAUUCAACGGACAUUGUAGACUGUAAGCUGAAACUAAUCCUAGGACUAAUAUGGACCCUCAUCCUGCACUACUCUAUAUCCAUGCCAAUGUGGGAAGGAGAAGAGGAUGCUAUCAAUGGAGACAAGGGUGCCACCCCAAAACAGAGAUUACUUCACUGGAUCCAGAGCAAACUGCCAGACUUGCCAAUCACAAAUUUCACAUCUGACUGGAAUGACGGUCGAGCCGUCGGUGCCCUCGUGGAUGCUGUUGCCCCGGGUCUCUGCCCCGAUUGGCAAGACUGGAACCCAAAAGACGCCAUUGAAAACGCUACCGAAGCUAUGGGUUUGGCGGAUGACUGGUUAAAUGUUAGACAACUUAUAAAACCAGAGGAAAUGGUGAAUCCCAACAUGGAUGAGUUGUCAAUGAUGACAUACUUGUCUCAAUAUCCCAAUGCUAAACUGAAAACUGGGGCCCCCCUACGGCCCAAAACCAACCCUAGUAGUAUUCCACCACCCCGAGUGAGAGCAUAUGGUCCUGGCAUAGAACCUACAGGUCCAGUUGUUGGCGCUCCUGCCAUAUUCACUGUCGAGACCUUCUCUGCAGGCAAAGGCAAUGUGGAAGUCACAGUAGAAAAUCCUUACGGAAAAUUGGAACCUGUGGACAUCAGAUUCAACAAGGACAGAAACCUCACAUACAGUGUGUCCUACACACCCAAGAUAGAGGGUACACACAAAGUGACAGUCAAGUUUGCAGGAAGAGAGAUUCCCAAGUCUCCAUACUCUGUUCUAGUGGAAGGACAUGCAGGGGAUCCUUCAAAGGUAACUGCAUCCGGGCCAGGACUUCAACCUGAGGGUGUCAUGAUCAACCGACCUACCUACUUCGAUAUUUGUUCUAAAGGAGCAGGACGUGGAGUCCCGGAGGUGAUUAUCCUAGAUCCUGCGGGACACAAGAACACUGUUCCAGUCAAGCUGCGCCAGAUCUCCCCUGAUGACUGGAGAUGUGAAUACGUCUCUCCAAUCAUAGGCCUGCAUUCUGUCAACGUCUUUUUUGCUGGACAAUCCAUCAAUAACAGCCCAUUUGGAGUUAGAGUCUCGCCAGUAUCAGAUGCCAAGAAAGUGAGAUGCUGGGGACGUGGUCUGCAGCCGCAGGGCGUCAGAGUCAACGACGCUGCAGACUUUCAUAUCCUCACAGCUGGCGCAGGGGAGGGAACUCCAGAUGUCCGCAUCAUUGGACCAGGUGGUAUUAACGAGCCUGUAAAAGUUACUAAAGUUGAUGGUACAACUUAUGAUGCUGUUUACCAUCCGAAGAAGGAAGGAAGAUAUGUUGUGAUGGUAACAUACGCUGGCACAGAAGUACCAAAGUCUCCUUUCGAAGUGAACGUUGGUCCUUACAAGGAAACGGCAAUCAGAGCCUAUGGUCCUGGACUAGUAGGAGGGGUCGUAGCAUAUCCGGCUCUCUUCACUGUGGAGACUAAUGGAGAAACUGGUGCCCUAGGUUUUGGUAUUGAGGGACCUUCACAAGCCAAGAUAGACUUCACUGACAAUGAAGACGGCUCAGCAGAUGUUCGCUACUACCCGACAGUUCCUGGCGAAUACGUGAUACACAUCUUGUGUGACAAUGAGGACAUACCCAAGUCACCUUACAUUGCUCAGAUCCUUCCCAACACCGACUAUUUCCCAGAGAAGGUUGAAUGCUACGGAAAAGGUAUUGAGAGGGAUGGAGUGGUCAAAGGCAAGCCUACAGAGUUUACAAUAGACACACGAAGAGCUGGGUCUGCUCCUCUAGAUGUGCAGGUGGUGGACUCAAACCACAACAAUGUUGAUAUGAAUCUCAAGGACAACAAAGAUGGAACAUUCAAAUGCCAAUAUACUCCCAAACUUGGAUCUAGGCACACAGUGCAGGUAAACUAUGGGGGCGUAGCCACAAAUCGCAGCCCUUACCGAGUUUUUGUCUCUCAACCGCUCAACCCAUCCCGAGUAGAGAUAUUUGGACCAGGCAUAGAGGACGGAGUUAAGUCCAAAACUCCAACACAUUUCAAUGUUGAUUGCCGAGAAGCCGGACAAGGUGACUUGAAAGUGUCAAUCACAGCGAGUGACAAGUCUGAAGUUCCGUUCCGUUUGAUCAACAAUGAUGAUGGAACGUUCGUGGUGGAGUACUGCCCUGCGUCCACUGGCGUACACACCAUCACUGCUAGCUACGGGGGCAUCAAUGUUCCCCAGUCCCCCAUCAGAGUGCCCGUCAAACCUCACAUCGACCUGUCCAAAAUCAAAGUGGAUGGUCUUGAACCAACGGCCCCGGUGAACAGUUUACAGCAGUUCCGAGUGAUCACCGAGGGAGCCGAUCGUGCUGAGUUCGCUGUCUCCAUCACCAGUCCUUCCGGCGCUAAGGUAAAAGCUCACGUCAUCCCUACUCACGAAGGGUUCUUGGUCAACUUCACCCCAACAGAGUUGGGAGAGUAUUUGUUGAGUAUUUCCUUCGGAGGGGAGCCCAUCACCCCGACUCCGUACCGUGUCACUUGUCUGCACGGGAGCGACGCCAACCGUGUGAGAGCCAGUGGCCCCGGGCUGGUGCGAGGUAUCGUGGGGCGUCCCGCAGACUUCAUCAUCGACACCCGAGGCGCUGGUCAGGGUAGCCUGGGUGUCACUGUAGAGGGUCCUUGUGAGGCGGCCAUCAACUGUCGAGACAACGGAGAUGGGACUUGCUCAGUAGCCUACUUACCUACAGAAAUAGGAGACUACACAGUCAACAUAACCUUCAACGACCGUCACAUUCCUGGAUCUCCGUUCCAAGCCAUCAUCUUACCUGAGGCUGAUAUCACCUGCAUCAAAGCCUCCGGCAACGGGAUUCAACCGCACGGAGUUUACGUUGACUCUCCAACGGACUUUGUUGUGGACUCACGAGCGGUGAGCGCUGGAGAUGAUGGGAAGGUGACCUGCACCAUCACCAAUCCCUCUGGGAACUGUACUGAGAACCACAUAACUCCGCUAGCCGACGGGACCUACCGCAUCAGCUACACACCAUUCGAAGAAGGUCAACAUACCAUUGACAUCUUGUAUGACGGUCUUCCCAUUCCUGGCUCUCCGUUCAAGGUAAACGUUAGACGAGGUUGUGACCCAUCAAAGUGCCGCGCCUACGGUCCUGGCCUGGAGCAGGGCGUCAUCGACAAAAGAAAUGCCUUCACUGUUGAAACCAAAGGUGCUGGUACUGGUGGACUAGGAUUAGCAAUAGAGGGUCCUUCAGAAGCCAAAAUGACUUGCAAAGACAACAGAGAUGGAUCAUGUUCUGUCGAGUAUCUACCCACAGAACCGGGUGAAUACGAUGUCAGCAUCAAGUUUUCGGAACAACACAUACCAGGCUCUCCUUUCAAGGUUAUGGUGGAUGCUCCUCUGGAUCCUUCAAAAGUGCAGGUGUAUGGCCCAGGUAUUGAUCCUGAGAGUGUCCGUGAGAACGUACCAACAACCUUCAAGGUGGACACCACCAAGGCAGGCAAAGGCCCUGUCCAAGUACAACUGAAGUCUGACAGAGGACGAGCACCCCUUCCUGAUGUGGUAGAUAAUGGAGAUGGAACCUACAAUGUCAGCUACACUCCUCCUGCAGAGGGUACUGUAGUCAAGGCACACGUCAAACACAACGACAAAGAAAUCCCCCAGAGCCCAUUCCAAAUGAAGGUGAAGCCGAAGUGUGAACCCAAGAAGGUGAAGGUAUCCGGUCCAGCCCUAUCUGACAAAGGCAUCCCAGCCUCCAUUCCAACUGACAUCAUCAUAGACCCCACACAAGCUGGCUACGGCGAUCUAGAAGUCAGAGUUAUGGGUCCCGACAACCAUCCAAGGAAAGUAAAGGUUGCGGAGAAUGCAGAUGGAACUUACAAAGCUACGUUUGUACCAGACGAUUGUGGAAGGUACAAACUGACCGUGAAAUAUGGUGGAAAGGAAAUACCAAACUCUCCCAUUCCAAUCCAGGCGUAUGCUACAGGAAGUGCAGAAGCAUGUAAGAUUACUGAAGGCAUCCAGAAGAACUUGCUGAGUGGGGAAGAGUAUUGUAUAACUGUGAAUGCAAAGAAUGCAGGAAGAGGUGCAGUUACCUGCCGAAUCCGCUCAACCUCUGGCAGUGAUGUGGACAUUGACAUAGAGGACAACGAGGAUGGCACCUUCAGUAUCUACUACACUGUCAAGGACGCAGGAGACUACACUCUUAGUGUCAAGUUUGGUGGACAACCUGUACCUGAUGGCUUCUACACCUUUACUGCUUCAGGAUCAGAAGACUUUAUUGAGGAGCAUCGUGCCACCUCGACACAUUCUAGCAAGCACCAGAGUGCCGAAAGCAAGCACCAGGGUUUGAAUAGCAGCUACACCAGCCACCAGGAGUACCGCACCGUAGUACUAAAUAGCAUACCUCUUCCCACAACCGGAGGACACGUCACAUCUGAAGUGAAGAUGCCCAGUGGGAAUGUGGACAAGCCAGUGAUAGAAGAUAACAGAGAUGGAACAGUUUGUAUCAAGUACGACCCAAGAGAGGAAGGACUUCACGAACUCUCCGUCAAGUACAAUGGAGAACAUGUACAAGGAUCCCCGUUCAAGUUCCACGUAGACUCCAUCAGCAGUGGUUACGUGACGGCCUACGGUCCUGGUCUAACCCAUGGAGUCAGUGGAGAGCCUGGCAACUUUACAAUCUCCACCAAGGGUGCUGGAGCAGGUGGUUUGCAAAUGGCCGUGGAAGGUCCAAGCAAGGCUGAUAUCAGUUGCCAUGACAACAAAGAUGGUACAGUCGCUGUCUCGUACCUUCCCACCGCCCCUGGCGAGUACAAGAUUGCUGUCAAGUUUGGUGAAAGACAUAUCAAGGGAAGUCCUUUUGUCUCCAAAGUAACAGGUGAGGGCCGCAAGAGGAACCAGAUAUCUGUUGGGUCUUGCAGUGAGGUCUCUCUGCCGGGCAAAGUGACUGAGUCAGACAUCCGAGCUCUGAACGCCUCCAUCCAGGCACCCAGUGGCCUCGAGGAACCUUGCUUCCUCAAGAGGCUGCCUCAAGGAAACCUAGGUAUCUCAUUCACUCCAAGAGAGGUUGGUGAGCACACAGUUUCAGUGAAGAAGAUGGGAAAGCACAUUACAAACUCUCCGUUCAAGAUCAAGGUCGGUGACAAAGAGGUUGGAGACGCCAAGAAGGUGAAGGUGACUGGAACCGCUCUGAUUGAAGGCAAGACUCAUCAGGACAACACCUUCACUGUGGACACCAAGAAUGCUGGAUACGGAGGUUUGUCCUUGUCCAUCGAGGGACCAAGCAAAGCAGAAAUCCAGUGCAAAGACAACGAAGACGGAACCCUCAACAUUUCCUACAAGCCCACAGAGCCAGGCUACUACAUCGUCAACCUCAAGUUUGCCGACCACCACGUGGAAGGAUCACCCUUCACAGUGAAGGUGACGGGCGAAGGCAGUAACCGUCAGCGAGAGAAGAUCCAACGUCAGAGAGAGGCAGUGCCAAUCACCGAGGUCGGCAGCGAGUGCAAACUCACCUUCAAAAUGCCAGGAAUCACCUCUUUUGACCUGACUGCGACUGUGACAUCGCCUGGAGGAGUGACUGAAGAUGCAGAGAUCAAUGAGGUAGAGGAUGGUCUGUACGCUGUCCACUUUGUACCCAAGGAGUUGGGAGUCCACACUGUGUCAGUCAAAUACAAGGACAUCCACAUUCCUGGAUCUCCAUUCCAGUUCACAGUAGGUCCUCUGCGUGACGGAGGAGCUCACCGGGUACAUGCUGGUGGUCCGGGACUGGAGCGGGGAACACAAGGAGAGCCGUGUGAGUUCAACGUCUGGACUCGGGAGGCUGGAGCUGGGUCCCUAGCCAUCUCAGUCGAGGGUCCGAGCAAGGCUGAGAUAGGCUUCAAGGAUCGUAAGGACGGCUCUUGCUAUGUCAGCUACACAGUUACUGAGCCAGGGGAGUACCGAGUGGGUAUCAAGUUCAAUGAUCAGCACAUCCCCGACUCACCCUACAAGCUGUUCAUCUCUCCAGCCCAAGGAGAUGCACACAAGCUAGAGGUUGCCCAGUUCCCCACAACAGGGGUACAUCCUGACAAGCCUGCUCAGUUCCUCGUCAGGAAAAACGGAGCCAAGGGCCAACUUGAUGCGAAGAUUGUUUCUCCAUCUGGUGCGGAAGACGACUGCUUUAUUCAAUCCAUCGACCCGGACACAUACUCCAUCCGAUUCAUGCCACGAGAAAAUGGCAUUCACAACAUCCACGUCAAAUUUAACAGUGUUCACAUACCUGGAUCUCCAUUCAGGAUCAAGGUCGGCAAGGAGGACGGCGACCCAGCAGCAGUACACGCUAGCGGACCCGGACUUAACGAAAUCAAGACAGGUGCGAAGACAGACUUCAUAGUAGACACGUGCAAUGCUGGUGCCGGGACUCUGGCCGUGACCAUCGAUGGACCCAGCAAGGUGUCCAUGGACUGUACUGAGGUGGAGGAGGGCUACAAAGUGCGCUACACGCCGUUAGUUCCAGGAGACUAUUACAUCAGUCUUAAGUACAACAGCUAUCACAUCGUUGGAUCUCCCUUUAAAGUCACAUGCACAGGUGAAGAUCUGGCAGAGCGGGGAGCCCAGGAAACAUCAUCAGUGGUUGUGGAAACAGUUCAGAAGGUGGCCAAGAACAAAGCAGGUCAAGGGGUGGUAUUGCCACUGUUCAAGUCUGAUGCCAGCAAAGUAACAUGCAAAGGCAUGGGUCUUAAGAAGGCCUACCUCCAAAAACAGAACAUGUUCACUGUUAGUUGCGCAGAUGCCGGAAACAACAUUCUGUAUGUUGGAAUAUACGGACCCAAGGGACCGUGUGAUGAAGUAUACGUGAAACACAUGGGUCGCAACAACUUCACAGUUAACUAUGUAGUCAGGGAGCGAGGAGACUACAUUGUCAUCGUCAGGUGGGGAGAUGAGCACAUCCCAGGAUCUCCCUUCAAGGUCGAUGUUUAAAUCCUUCCAUCAAUACAAUCAUCGAUUGCCAUUUUACCUUCAUUUUUCAAACUAUUUAUAUAUUUUUUUAGUUUUGAUUGUUGAAAAUAUUUUGUUCGUUUAUAUUUUUUAUUAUUUAAUUGUUAUUGCUUUAAAUGUUUUAAGUUAUUUCAUAGAAAUCUUUAAGAUCAAUAUUUUAUAUAAAAGUUUUAUAAAAUUGAGCUUUUUACUAGUCAUUAUUAUGUAAAUUAGAACAUAAAUGAGCAAUUGGAUGUCAUUAUCAGAGAUUUUGCAGAAUAAUUGAUUUAUUGUGCUAACACAGCAAAUGAUGAAAUCCCAGCAAGGACUUUUUCCAAUACAUCUAUAUCCAGACUAAUUAAUAUUUAUCAACUAAAACUAAUUGAAGGUGUUGAUGUCAAGUGAAUGUACAAGCCUUAAUAGAUUGUAGCGACCAAACAUCAUCAGGCGUAUUUCAUAUCACUUUUUAAUUUCCUUGCUGAGGUUUUCCAAUUGUAAUGUAAUUACUGAAAUUAAUCAAAGUAGAUAAGUAGGCUGUAUUGAACCACAGGAAAACAUUAUCUCUUGUAAAAUUGUGAAUACAUUUUACAUCAAAUUUUGAAAUUUAAAAUUAGUACUGAUGUACUAACAAUAGCCAUAAGUUUCAAACUGUGACAUUAAGUUUAACAACAUUGUUAUACUGUUUCUAUCAACUUGCUUUUCAUGUUGUCAUAAUGAAUAUUAGAGCCAAAUAUUAUAAACACAACCUUAUGUGUUACAUUUAAGAAGACAAGUUGACUAACUUAGAAGACAAAGUGAAUGAAUCACUUAUUUGUGUUAUUUUGUAUGUGAAUAUAAUUUAAGUAAGUAUCCUUCUUGCAAUCAUUUAUGUUUGUGAAUUUAUGUGUUCUUAAGUAUUUUUCAUGUGAAAACUAUACAAAUACCAAGUGGUACCCUGGAAAAAUCUGUAUAAAACUAUACAUUUUCUGUUUAGAUUUUUUUAUUUUAUGAUUGUAACUUUUUACUUUUUACUUCACUAUGUUCUAGCAGUUGUGUUUUGGCAACUAUUGCCUUUUUGAUGUAUUAAGUAAGUAAAUUCUUCAUUUGCUCUGUAGUUUUGAUAAGUGUAGGUACUGAGGUAUAGAUUUACCACACCAAUCUUUUAUUUUACUGUACAGAGAUCGUUUAUUUGUUAACAUGAUGAAGCACAAAACAAGCAAUUUAGAAGGCUCAUUUAUAUAUUUUGGCUUUGAAUAUAGUCACCCUUGUGCCUUAAAUAUUUUUCUUUUUGUAUCUACCAAUCCUACUUGGUAAGAUAAUAAUAAAACGUUCAUUUUAUGCAAUUGAUCUUAUUUGUGUUUAAUUAAUCAUAAAAGAGGCUUUGAAAAUGUAUUUAUACGACUAAGUAUCUAUUUUCAUAAUGGUCCGACAGUAAUCAAAUAAAUAUAUUACUUAGCUUUAAGUUGAUCACCUGUUUUUUAAGUAUUCUUUUCCUUUUUAUUUUGCAAUAAUGUAGGUUUUAUUUUUGAAUAAACAUGUACAUAUAUUGUGCCA